GUUCAGGGAAGGACGUACUUCGCGUCGCUCCUGACCCGCUCCGACCUUCCCCGCGCUGUGUCUGCGUGCGAGUUUCAUCUCGCUGUGUGUGUUAGUGACGACGCAUUUCUCAAUAAUUUAAUAGUAAACGUUCCGUGAGAUAUUGAUAGAUUUUAGUACGUAAUGAAAAAUACCUCUCCUAAAUUGAUUGACACGUGGGAUUGAAUUUUAUACGGAAAACGAAUAUGAAGAAAUCGAAAACUAGUGUUUUGUGAUGUGAGUACUUGCCAUAUACGAAAUAUACCAGCCAAACAACCGAUGGAUUAAGAAAAGUUUACAAGUGGGUGUUGUUGACCUUUGAGGAAAAUUGUGUUGUCGCAGAACAUCUUCAUCCUUUAUGAAUAGUGAACAAAACAAAGGCGUGUGAAGCUACAGUGAUAUGGUUUAUAGCUUAUCAUUCAAUCGUUAGUCGCAUUGUGUUGUGCCACAGGUUUAUCAUAUUGCAGCUUCACCUUUCCCUAGAAGAUGCGAGGCGGCGGGUGGCAGCCGGGCUGGUGCUGGCGGCUGGCCUGGUGGAGUCUGCUGCUGCUGUGCGAGGCGACCGACCCGCGGUUCGAGCAGAGGUUCGCCAACGAGCCGUCGCCGCAGACCGCCGUCAUCGGUUCGACGGUCGUGCUGCCUUGCCGGAUCAUCAACAAGGUCGGAGUGCUCCAGUGGACGCGCGACGACUUCGGCCUCGGCAACGAGAGGGAGCUGUACGCCUUCAAGCGGUACCGCAUGAUUGGCUCCGACGAAGAAGGAGACUACAGCCUUCGGAUUAGUCCCGUGACCCUCGAGGAUGACUCCUACUUCCAGUGUCAGGUCACAGGAUGGAAGGACGUCCCUGGAGUGAGGUCACAGACGGCCAAGUUGACGGUGUAUGUCCCUCCCGAGCGCCCUGAAAUCACCCAGGGCUCCGUCGUGACCACCACCGCCGGCGCCGCCGUCCAGCUGGAGUGCGUCUCCCGAGGAGGCAAACCGGCUGCCGAGAUCCAGUGGCUGGACGGGUCUGGACGCGUCGUGACGGAGGGCAUCCAGUACGAAACCGAGAUGAUGAAGGACGGCCACCGCAUGAAUGCCAAAUCGACGCUGAGUUUCUUGGCUUCACGGGAGCACCACAACACCGUUUUCACGUGCACGGCCUCCAACCCUGCUCUUCACCAGGCUUUCAGGACGCAGGUGCGUUUGGAGGUGAGCUAUCCACCCGAGGUGACGAUCACGCACGACCAGGACGGCUACAGGGAGGGCGAAACGGCCACGCUGACCUGCGCCGCCUCGGGGAAUCCGCCGGCGCUAUCCUAUAGGUGGUACCGGAGCGGGAAGCUGGUGCAAGAAAAUAACUCGACGCAGCUGGUGGUGCCUGAGGUGACGCGCGACAGCAACCUGGAGGACAUCACCUGCGAAGUCUCCAACGAAGUCGGCUCCUCGCGCAAGAUCACCCGCCUGUCCAUCCACUACGGGCCGUCGUUCCGCCUGCCGCCGAGCGACCAGUACGCCGAGCACGGCGAGAACGUGACCCUGCGCUGCGAGGUGGACUCCAUGCCAGAGCCGACCAUCGUGUGGAUCAACCAGCAGACACAGACGGUGGCGGGCAAGGGCGCCGAGCUCAGCCUCCGGGUCAACAAAGACAACAUCGGGACCUACCUGUGCAUCGCCAAGGUCGAGGGCUUCCCAGAGAUCUCCGGCACCGUCGGCGUCUUCCUCAAGGGCCCGCCGCAGGUGCGCUCCGAGAAGGUGCAGUGGGGCAAGGCAGGGGACACCGUGCUGGUGGAGUGCCUCAUCACGGGCGCCUCCACGCGCUCUGUCACCGUCACGUGGACGCACCGCGGGCAGGAGGUCGACCUCGAGGAGGGUCGCUACGAGGUGGUGGAGGACAUGACGCCGACGGGACUGCGCCACACGCUCGUCAUCCGCAACGCCAAACUCUCGGACUUCGGCGCCUACAACUGCUCCGUGCAGAACGCGUUCGGCUCCGACGUCUACGAGAUCAUCCUCAACAAAAAGAAAACUCUUCCGCUGCUGCUGAUCCUGUGCGGGGUCACGGGCGGCAUCGUGUUCGUGCUCGUUGUGGCACUGGCCGUCAUCAUGUGUGCCAAGAGGACGGCUGCGCGACAGAAGGACGCAAAAUCCGGAGGUUUACCCGAAAAGACCGUCACUCUGCAGAUGACCGACCAGAAUUCCACGGCCAAUGAGUCCGACUUAAAGGUUGAGUUGGAUCAGCGGACCGGGUCUUCGCUGAGCAACAAGGACGGGGAGCUGGAGGCCUGGGACAAGGAGGGCGAGAACCCGUCCACGCCCACCUACUUGGCCUCCACCAACUCGUACCUCUACCCGGAAACCUUCACCGGGAUUCCUCUGAAAAUCAACGGCCAUUUAACCAGCAAUGGCGGCGGACUUUCGUAUGGUAACUACGCCGACCAUUCGACCGUCGUGGGUGGUUCUCCGAGCCAACAACCUGACCAAACGUCCUCGCCCGCGGGAGGCUACGUAAUGGGUGGGAACAGCAUGGGCGGCGUAAGCGGCUUCACACACACCCCGCCCGGCAUCGUCACUUCGAGCCAGCACUCGCUGUACCCGACUUACACGGACUACGACGCUGGCCACGAGGCCGCCGACGGCGUCCACGGGUUCACUCCCUCAUACAACAACGGCUUCAAUAAUCACAAUUUCAAGACGUCGUCGGGAUCGCUGCCGCUGUCGCUGCACGUGGCCUCUAGAGGGAACGGAAACUCGAGCAACACGUCGACGAUUCCGAGACUAGGGAUUCCGGUCGACCCCAGCCAGUAUAUCGUUCCACCGCGGACCCAGGUUAUGCAGGGCGCGCUGGCCACGCACGUCUGAUGCGUGGCCGGCUCCGCCCAGGCCCGCCUUCCGCGUUGUUAUUAUUAUUGAUAGUUUAAAAACCUCUGAUGAAGCCCUAAAAGACAUUCGGUGGGAGACCAAAGCAGUGUGACCCAGAGUUUAUGUAUUGGAACAAUACCUACAAAAGACGUAUAAUAGUAUUCCAGUCACCUUAGUCAUAGUUCUGUCCAGUGGAUGUUCACUUGCUGAUGAACAUUUAAGUGUUCAAAACAUAGAUAAGAGUGCUAAAACACUAGCAUAUCAGUGUGAACAAACUGUUGGAUUCCCCACAGGACUUUUGUCAGAGGCGUGUUCCUACUGUGGUGCAAUAGUCGUAAGGUUAAGUUGAUGUAAGAAAAUGCGAAAUGUUCUCUAUAUUUUAUGGAAUCACUGUUCUAUUUCUCCCCAAAUUUUACAGUCAUCAAACAUGAAAAGCUCGUCAGAUUUGAAAGUGAUAUUUUCCAUGUAUAAGCCUUUAUGGCAGAAAAUUCUCUUCUAUAGAGUAGAUAUGGAAGUAUAUUUUCAAACUCCAACCCCAAACUCGUGUUAUCUAUUCAUAGCUAUAGUAUUUGUGGUGAAGUUAUAUAAGGCUGUUCUACCAAACGUUUCCCUUUUCGUCCCAGUAUUAUUGAACUUUGCGUCGUUUGCUGAGCAACCGACCGCAAGAAACUGUUUAAAACGAAUCAUGAUAAACAGUAACAAAUGUUGGAAAACUUCACUCAUUCAUAUCAGAAGGUGCCCACGGAGACGGAUAUUGGCGUUUGCAUCGCCUCUACAUAAGCGAGUAUUCAGAAACUUAUAUAAGUCGUAACGUGACUUAAAGCUUUUUGAUGAAGCAAGUUCAAUAUAUAAUGCAUAACACACAAAUGAGUGUCGGAGUGAAAUAUCUUAGGUCCAGGGUCGUUUGCCCUUCCACAUUUUGAAAAGCUCCCAGCCUCCUUUACAGUUAGAUUGACGGUGAAAAGUUGUUUAUUACCAUGAAACUGUUCAUUUUAUCCCGUUUCUGAUACUAGGCAAGGCCGCCGGUCGUGGGAGGCGCCACCAACGGCUCUUGUUUGGGAAAGAGUUCACAUGUGAUGGAUGUUUGCAAACACUAGGCGAAGAGUCCUCAACUUUAGAAGAGUAUAUUUAUACAAAUAUAUGUAUAUACAUAUCCGUACUUACAUAGAUAUAUGUAUGUAUGUACAUAUUUAUGUGUGUG